GCUGCUCAGCGGCCUGCUAGCCGGUGCUCAAAAGAAGGAAGUCAGAGCCAUGGUGGGGAGCAACGUGGAGCUCAGCUGCAUGCACACCACCGAAGAGGAUUUUGAUUUAAAUCAGCUUUAUGUGUACUGGCAAAUCAGUGUUUCUGGCACCCCGACCACUGUGACUUACCUGUCUGAGAACAGCACCGUGGGCCACGGCAACAACCAGUACAAGGACCGGGCCCAGAUGUCACUAGACCGCAUGAAGCUCGGAGACUUCUCUCUGCUCCUCUACAACAUCACCCCCCAAGACGAACAGGAUUUUAACUGCCUGGUCAUUAGGAACUUCGAGAAGAUCGUGAAUACCGUGGUCACGCUGCACGUGGCGGCGAACUACAGCAUGCCCGUGGUCAGCGUCCCCCCGAGCACCCCCCAGGACGAGGAGCUCACCUUCACGUGCACGUCCAAGGACGGCUAUCCCGAGCCAAAGGUGUACUGGAUCAACAAGACGGACAACAGCCUGCUGGACGAGGCCCUGCAGAACAGCACGGUCUCCCUGAACCCGCGGGGCCUGUACGACGUGGUCAGCGUCCUGAGGAUCCGGCGGGUCCCCAACAUGAACGUGGGCUGCUGCAUCGAGAACGUGCUUCUGCACCAGAACCUGACUGUCAGCAGCCAGACAGCACUAGCCAGUGAGGCCAAUGCCAGCGUCACAGAGCACAACACCAAUGACACCCUCAAGAACGCAGCGCACACCCCGCCGGAGAACUCCAGGACCGGCCUCACGGUGCUGAUCAUUUUGGGUGUGGCAGCGGUGGCGGUGGCGGUCAUGUUCUUGUGGCUCAAGGGCCGGUGUCCCCGCUGGAACUAUGCAGCAGGUGCCCAGGCCUCGAGGCCAGAGCUGGAGCAGACUGACCAUGUUUGACAAGGACUCACCGUUCGGGACAUGGACGAGGCUUCUGUGAGGUGUCACCAAGAGGGAUGGCAGAUGGCAGCUUGAGAAUUGACUCCAUCGGGCCGGUGGCAAAGGGAGACUCUGGGCCCCACCUGCACCAUUAACACGAGGCUUCAUGGACACGAAGCCUCGCUGGCCUUGGAGGGACACGCAGGGGCUUCCCCUGCAAAGACCACACUGGACCCCAGGGAGAAUGGGCGGGGCCGCCUGUCCCGCGGGGAGGCCUUUGCGAACAGGCCAGCAGCUCUGGAACACAGCACAUGGCCACGUGUGAGUGGGUCGCCCACCGCCGCUGCCAAACUGCAGAAAGAGACCUCAGGAUGGAUGGUUUCUUCCCACCACCAGCACCCAAGGGUCCCUGGAGCUCUUCUCGAGGCCCCAGAGGCGCGCUGUGGGGCGGGGGCCCUGAGCGAGGCAGGAGGCCGGGCGCCCGUGUGGAGAGAAGGGUGAAGGUGUCCGCUCUGUUCCGGGAGGGCCCUGCUGGGCAGAGGCCGACGGGUGUGUUGCCGGGGUUCCUGUGACCGCACAUGUGCGAGGCCCACACGCAGGAAAUGGCUGGUGUGGAAAGACACCCGAGAUUCGCUGUUGUCUGAAAUGCUCAUGGGGGGAAUAUUCUCCCGCCACGGCUGUGGGAAGCCAGGCCUCCCUCCUUUGCAAGCACGGUGGAACUUCAUGCGAAGAGGGCUGCUGCUUGGGCCGCCAUGCCGGGCCCCGUGGACGCGGAGGGCACGCCCGGCCGUGUGGCAGCCCUUCAGAAUGCACAGCGGCAGCCUCAAAGAGCAGGCUGGGCAGCUCCUGGCCGCUGUCGCCGUGGCCUCUCACCUGGCCUCUGCUGAGAACCUGCACGGUCCGGUGGAGACCUUGACUCAAAACGCCGGGUUCCCCGGAGCCCACCUGGGCAGUGGUCCUGACCCUCUCCAUGCAGUUUCCAUUGUUGUUGCCUGGAAGGAACCUUGCAGUUUAAUGUUUCCAGAAGGUUCUGCACAGGAGGCGGUCGGGUAACCCAGGCACUCACACCAAGGAAAGUGGGGCCUGUGGUUCUGCCCGUGGCUGUUUGACACUGGUGGGCCCAGACCUGGACUUGAAGCAGAAGAGAGGAGCUGGCUCCGUGCGGAAGCCGGGUUUAUUAACACCGGUCACGAGAAACCCCUCGUUUGUCUUUGUAGCAAACAGCCCUCAUGUGGCUUUUAAAUGAGUGUGAUGAGGAGCCACCCAGACUUUGAACACGAAGGCAUUAGAAGACUCACGUCACCCCGAAAGAGUGGCAGAAGGGUCACCAGCGGCACUUGGAGCAAAGAAGCACUGGCGUGUGGUGCUGUCCUCCGCCCUGACCCCCAGGGGCCCCGGAGGUGCUGGGGCUGGGAUCUCAGCCGGCUGGGACGGCGGCAGCCACUCAGGGAAGCUGAGCCAGGUUCCAGCUCUUUCUGUCUGAAGCUGGUUUCCUUCUCGGGGCAGGUGGCAGGGGACCAGGCUCGCCUGCUUCUGCCCCGUUACCUCCGGGCCCAGGAGGCCACCCCCUGCCCUUCUACCAGUUCCAUGCUGGCCUGGGCCUGGGGCUUGGUCACAGCCGUGCUCCCCACACUCUCUGGCCUCAGGCCCGGGGAGCAUGAACUGGUUUCAGGGACGCAGUGCCCUUCUGUGCCCUCUAGGCUUUCCCCGAUACCAUCCCCUCCCCUGGUCCCCUGCCUGCUUCCUGUGCUGGAAACGGGUCGAAUGCCCGAGUUUGACACCCCUCCCUGCAAACCCACUUUAAGAGGAUACAGGAUGUAGGCUGUGUCAGGCGGCUUAGGUCAGCUCAGCGCGACCUUUCUGAGGGUCUGCAGCCCUGCCUUGCCCAUUGGUUCUCCCACAGGGGGAGUUCUGUGCCCCAGGGGAUGCUGGGCAAGGUCUGGAGACACUGUAGCUGUCUCAUUGGGGGAUUGCUACUGCCCCCCACCCCCGUGCGUAGCAGGUGGGGACACUGCUCAAAAUCUGAAGACACAGACGGCCCAUGGCCGAGAAGUGUCCCCACAAAGGUCGGUGCAAGGGUGAGUCCCUGCCCUUCAAGACCAAGACCACUUUGGCAGGGCAAGAGGGGCCCCUGCUUCUCGCCUCCACCCACACUGGGCCUCAGGGGAGGAGACCUGUGGUUAGCAGGGUUAGGCCUGGGAGCACUCUAGGUCAGGGCUUUCGGCCUCAUCCCCACCCGCCUGGCCCCUGGGACCAACUGCCGUGGGGGCUGGAGCCGGCCCUCUCACUGCACUGAGAGGCGGCCCGUGGGCACAAGAGCCCAGGGCCCUGGGCAGUGCUGGGGGGUCUGGAGCAGUUGGAACCCUGGUCUCUGGGUGCCAUGGACCCUGUACCAUCUGCCUCGCAGAGGAGGGGAGCAGUAACCACCCCCCCCCCCCCCCCCCCCGCCGAGGUGGCGCCGAGACUAGUGACUGGGUUGGGGCGGGGGGGACGGGCAGGCCGCAGCUGCCUGAGCCUGUCGCUGCUCCCUGGGCCCCCGGUGCCCCCAUAUAAGGCGCGGUGGCUGGAACGCAUUCUGUCUGCUGGCCCUGCUGCUCGGACACGCCCCAGGACCUCGGCCGCCACAGCCAGCCCAGUCCGCCCCAUCGUGGGGCGGGCAGCUGUGGCUUUAGAACAUCUCCCUGGCCUGGGAAGAGGAGGCUGCCCAGCUGCGCCCUGGCCGUGGUCCCAGGGCCGAGAUGCCGGCUGGGCGAGGCAGCUGGCCACUCUGGGCCCGUGGCGGUGUGUCACAGCUCUGUUUUCCCAAGGCCCAGCUCUUCAGAGGACCCUUUGUGGGGCAGGCGGCAUUCUUACCCCACCUGGGACAGUUUCGCCCUUGGUGACGGACCCUUCCCCCUACCC